GAGGAAUACUCGUCAUCGCAUGCAGACAUACUUUUCUCUGUCCCUUUUUCUCUUAAAAAAGGGCUAUGGACCUCCACAUCAACAAUAUCAGCAUCUUGAUACCCCGUCAUGGCCGCUGACGAUGAAACCCCCAAGCACGAGCGGCGUGCGUCUGGCGGAGGAAGCAUGGUCUAUGAUCCCGCACGGGACCGCUGGGAGGAUCGCUCGGGGGAUCGCGACAACGAUGAAGCUUGGCCUCAGCAGCAGCAGCUGCUGCUUCACCGCGUUCCCGACCUCACUGCUCCCUCACCUGCGGGUGAUAAUUAUUCCCAGGUGCAUCGCGCUUCUUAUGUCGAUGCGGGUAAUUUGACAGCUCCAAUUCAACAGGAACAACCUCUGCGACAGCAUUCGCCGACCGUCACAUCUCCCUCGCCUUUUCUUCCAACCAAGCUUUCAACAGAACCCUCUAUAUCUGACGAAAAAACGACUCAUACUGUCGACAAGAGCAAGAAAACCUCAAAAACAAAAACCAUGAGCAGCCCAAUCAGCCAAGAAGCCUACAGGCCCGAAGCGGAUGAUGCCAUUGCAUCUCCAGGACCGGCUGGCGACUCUCCCAACGAUAAAAAGAGAAAAUUGACAGAGGAAGAACCAUCCGACAAACCAAAACCUUCGGGUCCGGUUUCCAAGCGCAAGCGCCAAGAAGAAAGACACCAGAAGCUGCGGAAACGCGGCAGAGCACCACCUUCGGCAUACUCUCGACGUGAUGCAGAUGAGCAUGCCGCAGCUAAUCGAGAUGCAGCCGCGAGACGGUCUCCCUCGAUUCCACGAGCCCCGAGUCCCGAACCGCCACGCCAACGCAAGAGACCCGGCGGCGGGUCCCGAAUGGGACUUGUCAAUAGUGAGACACUGCGACGGAGACAGGAAGAAAGAGAGCGUGCGCAGGAGCAGGAGGCCAUGCGACACUCCCAGAAUCGCGGGCUGACCGACGUGGUCCGUCAACACUACAACGCUGUGCCACAACGAGGACGGGAAUGGCGAAAGACUGAGAGUAAGAUCAAGGGUCUACGGAGCUUUAACAACUGGGUCAAGAGUACUGUGAUCCAGAAGUUCUCCCCAGACGAGGAAUUCGUCGCACGGCAUGUUGGCACCAAGGACUGGGCGGACGGUAUCGGGCCCCCACCCGUGGAGGAGCGACGGCUCUUGGUAAUUGACCUGGGCUGCGGCAAGGGCGGAGACUUGGGGAAAUGGCAGCUAGCUCCCCAGCCGGUGGAUCUUUAUGUUGGUCUCGACCCAGCCGAUAUUUCCAUCGCCCAGGCUCAGGACCGUUACAAUGGCAUGCGGUCUGGCCGUGGCUCGCGCGGACGGCGCAAUCCCAUUUUCCAUGCUGAGUUCAGCCCAAAGGACUGCUUUGGGGACUGGUUGGGAGAUAUCCCUAUUGUGCAGCAAGUGGGAAUCGACCCCAAUGCCGGGCCAGGUGGCUCUGCUAUGGCCUCACGAUGGGGUGGAGGUGGCUUCGACGUGGUCGUCUCGAUGUUCGCAAUCCACUACGCUUUUGAAAGCGAGGAAAAGACUCGACAGAUGCUCCGCAACGUGGCUGGAUGCUUGAAAAAGGGUGGCCGGUUUCUUGGAGUCUGCCCGAACUCGGACGUGAUCAGUGGGAAGGUGGCAGAAUACAACCAAAAGCGCAAAGAGCGCGAGACCACCAAGAAGCAGGAAACGGAAGCUCCCGAAGACGGCGAGGUCGAAGAGGAGAACAAGGCAGAGUGGGGGAACAGCAUCUACCGGGUGAAAUUCCCCGGAACAACUCCGGAAGACGGAGUUUUCCGACCUCCUUUCGGAUGGAGGUAUAGCUAUUUCAUGGAGGAGGCUGUUGGAGAGAUUCCGGAAUAUGUGGUUCCCUGGGAAGCUUUCCGAGCAUUGACCGAGGACUACAACCUCGAACUACAAUACCGCAAGCCAUUCUUGGAGGUCUGGCGAGAUGAGAAGGACGACCCAGAGCUGGGGCCUUUGAGCGAGCGCAUGGGAGUACGCGAUCGCAACAGCGGUGAUCUACUCAUGACUGAAGAAGAGCAGGAGGCAGCCAGUUUCUACCAUGCUUUUUGUUUCUACAAAGUCUAGCCGGUUUAGGGUGGCAUCACGUACGCAUCUCAAUAUUUUGCUUGAGCAUGUAGUCAAU